CAAAUUAAUUCAGUUUUUAGAUUUUAAUUCAUUCAUUCAUCUUUAAAAACUGUUAAUGGUGAAAUUCAAGCACUCUAACGUAGGACUUCGAAAACCAUCGCUAAUAACAUGCUGGACAUUGUUCCUCACAUUGUUUGUGACUUUCACAUUCCUCAUUCUUAUUAUCUUAACUCUUCGUAUCCCUAAACUAAAUCACCUUAACUCCAUCACUCAUAGUAACACUCUCAGAAACGAUGACAAUAAGCGUUGGGUUCAAAUCAUAUCGUGGGAGCCUAGAGCAUUUUUAUAUCAUAAUUUUCUUACAAAAGAGGAAUGCGAACAUCUAAUCAAUAUAGCAAAGCCUAGUAUGCAUAAAUCGGAAGUUAUUGACGAGAAAACAGGAAAGAGUCUGAACAGCAGCAUACGAACAAGCUCUGGAACAUUUCUUGACAGAGAAGGUGAUGAAAUUGUGAGCAAUAUUGAGAAAAGAAUCGCUGAUUUUACUUUUAUACCUGUAGAGCAUGGCGAAAGCUUUAAUGUUCUCCAUUAUGAAGUUGGACAAAAGUAUGAACCUCAUUAUGACUACUUUUUGGAUACGUUUAGUACUAGGCAUGCAGGUCAGCGCAUAGCAACAAUGCUGAUGUACCUUUCGGAUGUUGAAGAAGGGGGUGAGACGGUGUUCCCAAAUGCCAAGGGAAAUUUUAGCUCUGUGCCUUGGUGGAAUGAGCUUUCCGAUUGUGGAAAAGGAGGACUGUCAAUUAAGCCAAAGAUGGGUAAUGCUAUACUUUUCUGGAGCAUGAAGCCUGAUGCAACUUUAGAUCCAUCGAGUUUGCACGGUGCUUGUCCUGUGAUCAAGGGCGAUAAGUGGUCAUGCGCCAAAUGGAUGCAUGCCGAUGAAUACUAAACCUUCAUAUUGAUUAUUGUAGGUUGUUAUACCUCCUUUGUCGUUGUACUGGCACAGUUACAAAUACAAAUAUAAAUAUGGUUUUGCAGUUGCGGCUAUACAACAAUGUUUAUAUUAGGAAACUGAGUCUGAUCUGAAUCGGCUGAUAUAGAUUGUUUGCAGAUAGUUUCAGAUAAAAAAUUCAUCAAAAGUGAAUUAUUUUUCCAAA